CGAGGAACUAACACAGCUGUUCGGACGUAAAUAAACAAAGCUCAGCAUAUUUCUCUUAUGUGGAACAGACAACUGUUUGUUUCUUCGCAUUUCGGAAGGAAAAUAAGAUAUCAUAUGAAAUGCCAUCGCUUCUAGAGGCCUUAGACAAAAAGUAUGGGAAGGAGGAAGAUGACACUUUGGACCUGGAUGUACCCAUAGCAAUCUACGUUCCGAAGAAAGGGCCCAGAAGGUGUAUCCCGUCCCUGUUGGUGCUAAACGACUGUGAUAUUGAAUCAGCCGGAGAUGAAGACCAGCUUGGACUCAAAUGUCAUGGUGUAGAGGAGUUAGACUUGGCUCAAAACAGGCUGUCCAGAUGGAGAGAGAUCUUCGGCAUACUGCGCCAGAUGCCACGCAUCAGAUUUGUCAACUUGAGUUUCAACGACCUCCGAGAGGACCUCAUGUUCCUGGACAACAAUAAUUCUUUCCGCUUUCUUCGGAACCUGGUGCUGAACGGCACGCGGAUUGACUGGAAGAGCGUCCGCAGCCUGCUGAAGAUUCUUCCCAGUCUGGAAGAGCUGCACCUGAGUUUGAACGAGUACAGCCACGUGGACCUGGAAGCCACCUCUCCAGUCGGCAGCAGCAAUGGCAGCGCCAGCGUCGACAACCGAGAAGACAGACUGCAGCAACAGGACGGUAGCUCGCACCCUCAUCCGGACCCACAGGUGGUGCUGCGUGGCGACGUGCCGGCACCCAGUGAUGAUGCGCCCUGCCUGCCGCCACACUACCAGUUCACCGGUGUCCGGAGGCUCCACUUCACGGGGAACCCCAUCACACAGUGGUCGGAAGUGGCGAAGCUGGGACGCGCGUUCCCGCAGCUCGAAUCACUCGUGUUGGCAGACUGCCCACUAGAGUCGCUCGACACGGGGACAGCAAACUUCGGGUCAGACAGCGGCUCGUCAGAGGAGAGCGAAUGCGAAUCGUGUGGCAGCAAAGUUGGAGUGGGUGAACAGCCACACACCUUUUUCCGGCAGCUGCGCUUCCUCAACUUGACGGGCACGCACCUUCGCUCGUGGCGCGACAUUGACCGGGUCAGCCGGUUCCCCCAGCUUCAGUCCCUCCGCAUCUCUGGCUGCCCACUGUUCGAGGACUAUACAGAACAUGAGCGGCGGCAGCUGCUCAUCGCCCGGUUACCAAAUGUCCAGACGCUGAACGGUGGAGGAGUCAUCAGCUACGAGGAGAGAGAAGACUCUGAACGGGCAUUCAUCCGUUACUACAUGGACAAGCCCGAAGCAGACAGACCUGAACGGUACAAUGACUUAGUAGCAGUCCAUGGGAAACUUGACCCUCUUGUCCAAAUUGAUCUCAGUCCAGAGAAAAAAGUGAAGGUGCGAGUGACCCACGGCGAGAGCAGCGAGGUGCGCAGCAUGCUGGUCACCCAGACGGUGUGCGAGCUCAAGCAAAAGCUCACCUCCUUCUGCGGGCUGACGCCAGGCCGCAUGCGGCUCUUCUACAUCGACCAAGACAUUGGCACCCCUGAGGAGAUGAUCUACCCCAAUAAGCGGUUAUACUCCUACAAUAUCAGGUCAGGGGAUGAGAUACUCAUUGAUGCCAAACUGCAGAUGCAGCUCAGCAAAUAGGGCUAUGAAGCAACUCGCACCUCUUCCGGCGAUCUUCCAGUCUCCCAGGAGGUCACGCUCCGGGGCUCACAUGGUCCGUGUUCAGAGCUCCCGUGCUGUCCCUCGGGCAUCGGCUUGUUCGCGUUUGAUUGUUUAUAUUCUGUGAGCAUAUAAUGAAUGGCUGCGGGUACUGAAAGGUUACAAUACUAGGUUACUUAACAGGGUGCAGGUCACCGAUGUAAACUACAGUGGAGACCCAGCCUGCAGGCACAUACAUAAACAUGUAGCAUUGCUUUGGUAUCACUCUGUCCUCUGUGGGCUGUGCAGCACUUUUGCUUCAGUACGCUGUCAGCAUUUUGUUACCUCCUGAAAAAUAUGAUCUCAGACAGGAAUCCAGUCAUACAGUAUGUGAAAAAGUGAGAAUUAAUGGACACUAUUAGUUCUUUGGCACCGCCAGAGGCAACAGUAGAGCCUUUUCCUGUGUUCGCAUGUACGAGAUAAGUCUAACCAAAGUAAUGGAUAUAUGAGCAAAGAUGGAAAUCACUUGUACAACUUGAGCUUUGUUCUUAGUUCCCUGAGUGGAUGACAAAGUGUAGCUACAUUGAACAUCAUCUCCUGUAUCAGGAUUGGUUUAGUUUGGCCCACUCAGGACAUUUUACAUAAUGUAACAAAGCUUUGAUAGACGUUUUGGAAAAAUACAGUGUCUCCAACAGUAGACGCAUAGUUUGCCACAAUCAUACUGUGGGUGUUUCCAUUUACAGAGGAUGUUCUUGUAGAAAUGACCAACUAUUUGGAAGAUGACAGAAUAGGAA